CGCUCGAAUUGCAUCCAAUGGCCCGGGAGCGCGACUCGUACCAUGCGCCGCAGGAAGGCGCGAAGCGCGAGUGCAACGACGUCUUCUUCCUCCUCAUCUUCCUCGGCGUCCUCGUCAUGACGCUCUUCUUCGCCGGCAGCUACGGCCCGGCGCUCGUGACCGCGACCGAAGUCACGGACGCGACGAGCUCGACCGGCUUCAAGAUGGUCAUGCAGUACGUGACCUACUGCGGCUUCCUCGCGCUCGGCGCGUCGCUUUUCUGGAUCGUCGUUAUGAUGUUCCUCGGCGAGUUGCUCAUCUGGGCGACGCUCGGCCUCCUCAUCGCGGCCUCCGCCGCCGCCGCGAUCUUCUUCUCCAAGGAGCUCUACGACCGCAAGAUCGACUACUACUGGUGGCCCGCGGUGGUCUUUGGCACGCUCGCGCUGCUGCUUCUUCUCUACUCGAUCUGCAUCCGGCACCGAGUACGCUUUGCGGCCAAGCACCUCAAGGUCGCGGGCUGCGCGCUCUUCCGCUUGCCCAUGACGCUCCUCGUGGGCAUGCUCAUGGCGGGCGUCCAAUUCGCGUGGGGCCUCACGUGGGUGAUUGGCGCGUUCGGCCUUGCCCACCACCAAGACUACCUCGUCAUCAACAGCACGUGCACGAGCACGGCGACGCUUAGCGACUGCAACGUCAACAUCAAGUGGGGUCCGCUCCUCGGGAUGCUCUUCGGGAUGCUCAUCGUGCUCUACUGGGGCGCGUCGGUCGUCAAGAACAUCGUCGCCGUCACCGUCGCGGGCACGGUCGCGAGCUGGAAGGUCAACGCGGCCGCGCCGUGCCUCACCAUCGCAUCCUGGCUGCGCGCCGUGACGCUCAACCUCGGCAGCAUCUGCUUUGGGUCGCUGCUGGUCGCGAUCCUUGAAGCCAUCGAGACGACGCUCAGUCUAAUCUCGAGCCUCGUGGGCCAGAGCGGCAACUGCAUAGCCGCCUGCCUGGUUGCAUGCGUCGCAUGCAUCAUUGGCUGCAUUCGGUCGUGGGUCGAGACCUUCAACCGGUUUGCAUACUCGUACGUCGGCAUCCACGGCUAUUCGUUUGUCACCGCGGGCCAGCACGUUUCGGCGCUCUUUGCCGCAAAGGGCUGGACGGCGAUCGUGAACGACGACCUCACGGGCAAGGUGUUCUUCCUCGGAAACAUCGCCGUCGGUCUCCUCACGGCGUGGUUUGGCAUGAGCUUGGUCAACCGUCCGGGCCACGAAGCGGAAUUUCCCGGCUUGCGCGACCCUGAGUACGUGGUCGGCUUUGGCGCGUUCAUCGUCGGCUUCAUCGUCAACAAUGUGCUCAUGUCGCUCAUGGCGAGCGCCGUCACGACCAUCUUUGUGCUCUGGGCCGAGGACCCGAUGGGGUGGCAGCUCACGCAGCCCGAACACUACGCGUCGCUCCAUGCAGCUUGGCUCGACAUCUACCCGGAAGAGUACAACGAUGGGUACGGCAAGGGCAACAAUGCGGGUGCCGUCUGACUCUUUGACAACGGCCACGGGUGAAACAUACUCUGACUGCGAAGCCAAACUAAUCUAUACUGCAUACUAUCCUAAGGAUCGUAUCCUUUUCUACGC